GCCGACCCAGCCUGACCCUAAGCACAGCCAGCCAGGACCCUCCCGGAGCCGCCCCCGGGGACACGUCUGUCGCCUCCGCGGCUCGGGCUUGUGCGCGGCCCCAUGCGGCCACUGUGGCUGUGCUGGGCUCUUUGGGCGCUGCCCUUCCCCGGCCCCGGGGCCGCCUUGAGCGGGGAGCAGAUCCGGGGCAGCCUGCUGCGGCAGCUGCACCUCAGCCAGGUGCCCGUCCUAGACGGGGGCGACGGUGACAGGCUGGUCACCCCUGCCCACGUGACAGCCCAGUACGUGGCCCUGUUGCAGCGCAGCCACGGUGCCCGCUCUCGAGGGAAGAGGUUCAGCCAGAAAUUCCGAGAGGUGGUGGGCAGGUGGCUGGCGUCGGAGGCCUCCACGCACCUGCUGGUGUUCAGCAUGGAGCGGCGGCUGCCCCCCAACAGCGAGCUGGUGCGGGCCGUGCUGCGCCUCUUCCAGGAGCCGGUGCCCAGGGCCGCGCUCCGUAGGCUCGAGCGGCUGUCCCCGCACAGCGCCCGCGCCCGCGUCACCGUCGAGUGGCUGCACGUCCGCGAGGACAGCUCCAACCGCACCUCCCUGGUGGACUCCAGGCUGGUGUCCCUCCACGACAGCGGCUGGAAGGCCUUCGACGUGACCGAGGCCGUGACCUUCUGGCAGCAGCUGAGCCGGCCUCGGCAGCCCCUGCUCCUGCAGGUGACGGUGCAGACGGAGCACCUGGGCCCGCGGGCCGCGGGCGCCCACAAGCUGGUGCGCUUUGCCUUCCAGGGGCCGGCGGGCGCCAGGCAGGGCGAGCCCCAGCUGGAGCUGCACACGCUGGACCUGGGGGCCUACGGAGCUCAGGGCGAUUGUGACCCCGAGGUGCCUGGGUCGGAGGCCCCCCGCUGCUGCCGCCAGGAGAUGUACAUCGACCUGCAGGGGAUGAAGUGGGCUGAGAACUGGGUCCUGGAGCCCCCCGGCUUCCUGGCCUACGAGUGCGUGGGCGCCUGCCGGCAGCCCCUGCCCUUCAAGUGGCCGCUUCUGGGGCCUCGGCAGUGCAUCGCCUCGGAAACGGCCUCGCUGCCCAUGAUCGUCCGCGUGGAGGAGGAAGGCAGGCCCAGGCCCCAGGUGGUCAGCCUGCCCAACAUGAGGGUGCAGAGCUGUAGCUGCUCCUGGGACGGGGCGCCGGUGCCCCGGAAGCUGGAGCCUUAGGUGUGGGGCGUGGCCACCGCGGCGCCGCCCUGGACAGGUGCACAGAAGCAGGUCUGGACAUAGGUGUUAAUUUCCUCCUUAGCAAGUGACCCCUGGCCGCACUCAGCGCCCCUGUUUUACUUUUCCUGCACGUUCUUCCUUUUCUUGUCCUCCUGUGCAUCACCCCCACCCUAAGCACUUAGGUGAGUAACUAAUGCGGCUCAGAUUGCUGAGCUCUAGAAGGAAAUCCCAGCCUCCUUGUUAAGGAACACAGCCGGGCAUGGGCAGACUGCACGCGGGGAGCCUCUCUAUGGCAAACUCUCAGCUGAGUAUGGACAACAUGCCCUAUGAUGUGAGCUGGGGAAACAGACUGAUUUACUCUACUGCAUGAUGGGAAUUAAAACAAAAAUUUUUUAAAUCCCCCACUUUCCCCUAGGUAGGGAGGAGGUAAAAAAAAGAACACCCCUUCCCCAAAACGUUGACCCAUUCUGGACUCUUGUAAACAUGCUUGGGUCCCCACUCCCUUGAGAGAUUGCUAGGAGGGAGGACGAUGGGCUUCCAACUGGGGUACUUGGUUUCUGGAUCAAACAGGGUCACAACUGUGACCUCAAGCCAAUGGGGAAGCCUUUGGGCCACCAUUUCCUCUUAAAAGAGAGGAGGUGGGAGUCAGCUGAGUCAUUACCCUGGGGGUCAGAGAGCCCAAACUUCACCGGCUCCCCUGCAGACCCAGCUUUUCCUGUGUGUAGUUAGGUUAUUUCCCCCACUGUUUUAGAAGCUUUACCACCAGAACCCAAAUGUAUUUACUUUUUAAAAAACGUAGCCAAAACAGUUGAGUGUAGAUAAUAUGCCAAAAUAAAGUGACGGUUUGC